AUCGCUGGGCAUGAGUCCCAAACAUACACUACAUAACAAACAACCAACUCGUUUAUUACUGAUUGCAUGUAAUAAUAAGAAAGACAAAAAAACUUGUUAAUGUGAAUUAACUGAAAUUCAGCUCGACAACUUAUAUGGAUUGAGCAUGGAUGUUUUGGAAAAUAUAGGAUAUUUAGCUCCAAAACAUAUAGACUAAUUUAAGGAUAAAAUUAGAAUAUAUAAAAAUUGGUUUUUCAAACCCCGAAAGGUUGGUCAGACUGUCGGAAAAUUUUAGGCUGUGAACAGGUGUUUUUCAAAUGUAAUGAGGUGAAUUACUAAUUACUAUUAUAGAGGGGAGAGAAUCUCACAAUUGAACAGUAGCAUUUUGUUCUCACGAUCUCACAUAUUACAUUACAGCGGUAGUCGCGGAAGUGUAAGAAGUUGUAUAGUCACGGGUUGUGUGUUUAUUAUUUGUUUACAUCUCCAUGGUAAACUUUUAACAGAAAAGUCAUGAUGAAGUAUAGAGUUUGUGAGGUUAACUGAUGGUGUUUUCAUCCAAUAUAGUGUUUAGUGAAAAUGCCUCAUCAAUACGGUCUGCCAGGAAUAAACCAUGCACAAUCGCCUCCUACACCUCCCCCUCAGCAUGGAGCUAUGUACUCCAGGUUUUCUGGAGCAGUUGUACCUGGAGGAUAUCGCGGGGAAGAUAGAAGACUUACUAGGGAAGCAAUGGAAAGGUAUCUUAGGGAAAGAUCUGAUAUGGUGAUUGUUAUAUUACAUGCUAAAGUUGCACAAAAGUCAUAUGGUAAUGAAAAAAGAUUUUUUUGUCCACCGCCUUGUAUUUAUUUAUUUGGAGAAGGCUGGAGAUUGAGGCAAGAACAAAUGCUUCGGGAAGGAGAAUCUGAACAAGCCUCACAACUAUGUGCAUUCAUAGGAAUAGGUAAUUCAGAUCAGGAUAUGCAACAAUUGGACCUCAACAAUGGAAAACAGUAUUGUGCUGCAAAAACGUUAUAUAUUUCAGACUCUGAUAAACGUAAACAUUUUAUGUUAUCAGUGAAAAUGUUUUAUGGUUCGGGACAUGACAUUGGAGUGUUUCAUAGCAAACGAAUUAAAGUGAUAUCAAAACCAUCUAAGAAAAAACAGAGUUUAAAAAAUGCAGAUUUGUGUAUAGCUAGUGGUACAAAAGUGGCUCUUUUUAAUAGGUUAAGAUCUCAGACAGUUUCUACCAGGUAUUUGCAUGUUGAAAAUGGACAUUUUCAUGCUAGUUCAACUCAGUGGGGUGCAUUUACAAUACAUUUAUUAGAUGAUAAUGAAUCAGAGAGUGAAGAGUUUCAAGUGAGAGAUGGAUACAUCCAUUAUGGAUCAACAGUUAAAUUAGUGUGUUCUGUUACGGGUAUGGCUCUACCGAGACUUAUUAUCAGAAAGGUAGACAAACAACAAGCCCUAUUAGAAGCUGAUGACCCAGUAUCACAACUUCACAAAUGUGCUUUCUAUAUGAAGGACACAGAAAGAAUGUACCUCUGUCUAUCACAAGAACGAAUUAUUCAGUUCCAAGCUACACCUUGUCCUAAAGAACCCAAUAAAGAAAUGAUUAAUGAUGGAGCGUGCUGGACUAUCAUUUCUACAGAUAAAGCAGAAUAUCAGUUUUAUGAAGGGAUGGGACCAGUGAGAUCCCCAGUUACACCAGUGCCGAUUGUACAUAGUUUACAUUUAAAUGGUGGUGGUGAUGUUGCUAUGUUAGAACUUACAGGAGAUAAUUUUUCACCAUCAUUGCAAGUUUGGUUUGGAGAUGUUGAAGCUGAGACAAUGUAUAGAUGUCAGGAAAGCAUGCUGUGUGUAGUACCCGACAUAUCUCAAUUCCGUGGCGAAUGGUUAUGGGUACGUCAACCUACGCAAGUUCCUGUUUCAUUAGUGAGAAAUGACGGUAUUAUUUAUGCUACCGGAUUAACGUUCACUUAUACCCCAGAACCUGGUCCAAGACCCCAUUGCGCACCAGCAGAUGAGAUUAUGAGACAACAAAGAGGUCCUGGUGCACAAACACAAUCACAACCUGCAAUUACUGAGAGUGCUUGGAAUUCUCAUGGAAUGCAUUAGUCAGAUAUUUUAUCAUGGUAUGUGAAGUUUGUAGCAAUAAACGUCGAAGAUAUGGGAAUACCAUUAAAAUUAAUAGGAAUAAACUUAACCAUGCCACUACAUAAAACUUAUGUACAUAUUGUUCUGAAGGUAAGUUGGGGCUUAUAAAUCUGCAUAGUGGUAUUAUUUAUUCUCUGCUCUACAAUAAUAGACAGGGGCAACUUCACUUCAAGUGAAAUAGAAAACAAUAUUUUAAUAGCCUUAAGUAUUUUUUAUAACUGAUGCAUUUGUUUAUUUUCUUUAUUUCUCUACACAAAAUUUAACCAAAAAUACUCAACAAUUUGCCAACCUCUUAGUCAAAUAUUUAUUACUACUUAACUUGGCCUCUUUAAUCAACAUAAGACUAGUGUUCCAAAUCUCAAUAUGUGAUAAUAUGUCACAAACAUUAUUAAUAUUGAGCUUGUUCUAACUUAGGCUUAUUGCCUUAAUGGAACCCACUAAUUACUAAUUUAUAUUAGUACUUUGUAGCUCAAUGUUGUUAUGUUUGGUUUUAAAUUUUAAUUUAUUAAUAAAAGAAUUUUUUUAUUAUAUUUGUAUAUGCUGUAAAUCGACGUCUUGUUUUAAUUUUUUAAUGUGGUCAGAUAGUUUCAGAAACUAUAUUCAGUAUUAUUAUUAUUAUCUCUUUACAUGUUUUAUAAAUACGGUUCAAAAUAUUUAUCCACGAUUUUGAUUAAAACUUUUUAAUCAAAGGCCAGAUGUUUUAAAAGUCAUUUUAAACAUUAUUUUAUUUAUUUUCAUAUAUAUUAUAAGAAAAUGAGAUAUUCUUUAACAAUUUAUUUCUAUUACUUUAAUUUUUAUUUCAAGAAUGAGAAUGUGAGUGAGGGAGAUAGAGAGAAAAACAUAAAGAUAUAGAGAUAAAUAAAUUUGAAGAAAGUUAAAGGAGAUAAGGAUAAAGGGAUAAGAACAUAGAGAUACAGUGGAAAAUAUUCAUAGAGUUUGUUGAUCGCUAUUGUAUGAUGAACCCUGAUAUAGGAUAUAGGAUCCAACUGCACAUUCAUUUUAUCUCUAAUUUCGAGCAUUUGGCAGGUGGUUUGAAGGAAAACUUAAAAAAGUGGAUUUUUGAUUUUUUGAAAAAACUGGGAAGUUCCAGUUAUGAUUAAGCUUUAAUUAAUGUCUAGAGUGAACGUUGAGGACGCAAAAAGUUGAAGAGACUAGAAUCGUGUUUCCUUAUCAAAGCAAUGUUUGGUCCACCACUGGCAGGAUCCUUUAUGUAGUUUCUUGAAGAGUCACACAAGUGGUUUCAAAACUUUGAAUUACUCUAAUAAAAAAUAAAUAUAAUUAAAAUAAUAGACCCAACUACAGUUUCUACAAUUUUCAAUUCACUUUGAUAUUUGAAUGAAAUCGAAUGAUUGUGUUUUGAGCAGGGUGAUUUAUAUCAGAGGUUUUUGUUGUAUUAUUUCCAAGGUUAUACAAAUUUUGUGCAUAAUGAUAAUGAUAGGCUGAUCUUAUUUCAUUAUUAGUGAUUGAUUAUAUGUCAAAUAUGACCAGGGCUCAACUAAUUCUAGAAAUUGAAUACUGGUAUGAGCACAAAGUAUACAAACUUCGGUGUAUUCAUUGAUAUCAAUAAGAUAUAACAUGUUAUGUUUACAGCAAUUAGGGUUUUAAUUUAUUAAAACUAAGGGUUUGAACAAAUUAGAUUAAAAUAAUUCCAUUAGUCGGAAUCAGUAUGUAUUUGUGUUUUUGUGAUUUUGUAGUAUGUUUUUUAAUGUUAAGUACCAUAUCAAUGCUGUUUAUUACAAAGGAUGAUAGAAAAAAGUGGCAAUUAUCUUUUUAUCAGUAUUUCUUUAAAAUUGGCUAUACAAUUUUUUCUGUACUUUGUUUACUCAAGAGUUUAAAUUGAAACGAAAGUGCUUCAUUACUAACUUAGAAAUUGCUUUUAAAUAAAUUAAAUUGGAAUAUCUACCUUUUUCUUUUUACAUUUAUUGAUUGUUACUUUUUUUUUAAAUGGUUUGAAAAUUUUAUGUCCUUUGGUAUUUUUAAACUGCACAUUUCUCUCUAUAUAUUAUUUUAUUCUUUUUUUUUAUAUUUUCAUGUGAUAAUUAAAAGACAACAGCUUUUAGAAAGUAUUUCUAUCAAUGAGACAGUAAAUUUUAAACCAAAGUUGUAUUACUCAAAUUUUAUAUUUAUUUGGUUUGCAUUGUAUUCUAAUUUCAAGUGCAAUUAGUCUCAACGAAUAAACAAAAUAAUGACUGUAAAUAUAAAUAAGUUUUCAUAGAAGUUAUAAAUUAUAAACUGUAAUUUUAUGCUAAUUUUGUAGACAAAUAUAAAUAUUUGAAGUAAUUGGUUUUUAUUUAAAUUAAAACUACCUUGACUGAAAAUAUAAUAGAUUGAAUAUAAAAUGCCAUAAUGAGCAUUAUCUAACACUAAUGUAUUCUUAGCGGUCUCAGUG